CUGAAGAUUAAAACUGGUGAUAUAUUGUAUAAAAUUAACAUGUAUGUACGAGUCAAGUAUUAGUUAUUUGAAGACAUUUAUAACCAAUUAUCCAAUACCAGGCAGACGAGUCAACCAAUAGUUGUGGACGACUUAACUAUGUCUGAGUUUGUGUAUGGGCGAGUUAACUAGCUUCCGGUCUGAUUAAUAGAACAUUCUAAACAUGUUUUUUUGACGCACACAACUACACAAAACGAUUUUUGCUUUGGGUUAUAGAUAUAUUCUGCAUGACAAAAACGUGUGUUGGAAAUACUACCGUUGAAAUAAAUUACAGACUAAAGUUUGGAGUCAAUAAUUUGCUGAAAAAGUGUAAUAAUGGCUGAAGAUAGGUUCGAUGGCAUGCUGCUUGGCAUGGCAACUCAGUGUGAAAAGGGUGUUCAAGAGCUAUUAGAUGUGAUCUUCAACUUUCUGGCCAGAAAAACAGAUUUUUACACUGGAGCCGGUGAACAAUCAGCUGAAGCUAUGAUAAUGGAGAAAUUUAGAAAGUAUGAAAAACAGGCUUUGGAAAGUCAGAGGAAAUUAAAAGCUGAAAGAGAAGCAGAAGAUAGAAAGAGAAAAGAAAGAAUAGCCAAGAAAAAAGCUGCUGAAGAAAAAGAAAGAAAUGAAGUAUCAGAAUCUAAAGUUACAGAAUUGACAGAUGAAGAAGCAGAGAAAUUACAAAAAGAAAUAGAUAGGGAAAAAGAAGCUGCUACAAAUAACACAGAAAACAUGAAUACAGAUAAUAAUGAUGACAAGACAGAAAAAGAGGAUGAAGACGAAACAGAAAAAGAGGAUGAAGACGACAAAGGAAAAAUAAAACCAAAUUCUGGAAAUGGAGCUGAUUUACCAAAUUAUUCCUGGACGCAAACACUGGGAGAAGUUGAGAUCAAGGUUCCAUUUAAAGUCAAAUUUCCAGUGAAAGCAAAAGAUGUGAUAGUAGAAUUUUCUAAAAAGCAUUUAAAAGUAGGAUUAAAAGGUCAUCCACCUAUAAUAGAUGGCGAAUGUUAUAAUAGUAUUAAAAUAGAUGAAUCAACAUGGGUUAUACAAGAUAAAAAAGAUUUACUCAUUAAUAUUGAAAAGGUAAAUCAGAUGGAAUGGUGGAGUAGAGUUGUUAAAACAGAUCCAGAGAUUAAUACGAAGAAAGUCCAGCCAGAAAAUUCCAAGUUAUCAGAUUUAGAUGGUGAAACACGAGGUAUGGUGGAAAAAAUGAUGUUUGAUCAGAGACAGAAAGAAAUGGGAUUACCUACUUCAGAUGAUCAAAAAAAACAAGAUGUCAUGAGCAAGUUUAUGAGUCAGCACCCAGAAAUGGACUUCUCCAAAUGUAAAUUUAACUAAACAAAUCCUAGUGUGAUUCAGUAUUUUAUCAAAGAACAAUAUUUACAUUAUUAAUUACUGCAAUUCCAAAAUCUCACGAGUUUCAUUUUUUUUCAUUCAUGAUCAGUACAAAUCAGUAUGUUCAGGACAUUAAAUAAUUUGGAAUAGUGCACUUUAGUGUUGACAUUAUUUAAUCAUUGUGUAGGCCUAUACUUGUAUUGUAUUGUCAAUAUCACAAAGAUGUAUGCAGAUGUGUUAUUAUGUUGAUUUAUUCUUAUUCUCUGACUUAUUUCAUAUUAAAUUGUUUAUGUUUUA